AUUUCCGACGCAGCACGCGGAUAGGGAAUGCCCCGGAGCUGGUUCCGCGUGAUGGGCGCCUCGUGUCACCAAUGAACGGAGAGAGGAGGAUGAGGCUUUCCACUGGCAGCUACUUGGAAACGUGGAGAGGUGAAGUGAUGCUGGUGGUGUUGCUCAGGCCAGGCCGGACCAGUGACUCACUGAUGUCAUGCAGCAACCAAAAGCCAGAAUGGAGGUUCACUGCGCCACAGAGACGAACGGAAUUGUGCUCAUGGAUACUAUGUUGAGCAGCUGCAUUGAGUAUAAACAUAGGGAUUCGGGGAAAGAGGAGAAAGACUCGACAGAAGAUCCAGAUUCGACCAAGACGUUUUGCAUUGCAAAGGCUUACAGCACCAUACUGGGCGAGCUUGGAGAGAACGUCGAGCGGGAGGGGCUGUUACGCACACCAUUACGCGCUGCCAAAGCCAUGCAGUUCUUUACAAAAGGCUAUCAGGAAACGACCCAAGCAAUCUUGAAAGAUGCAAUCUUUAAUGAGAACCAUGAUGAGGUGGUGCUUGUCAAGGACAUCGAUUUGUUCUCUCUUUGUGAGCAUCAUCUGGUGCCCUUCAUUGGCAAGGCUCACAUAGCAUACCUCCCAAACAAGAAAGUGGUUGGUCUGAGCAAACUUGCAAGGAUUGUUGAGAUAUUCAGCAGGAGGCUUCAAGUUCAGGAGCGUCUAACCAAACAGAUAGCAACAGCCAUCAAUGAGGCGUUGGAGCCUGCUGGAGUGGCAGUGGUCAUUGAAGCUGCUCACAUGUGCAUGGUGAUGAGAGGUGUGCAGAAGAUGAACGCCAAGACUGUAACAAGUGUCAUGCUGGGAACGUUCCAAGAAGAUCCCAAGAGCCGGGAGGAGUUUCUUUCUCUGACACUGGGGAAAUUUUGAGGUUUUUCAUCCCAGCAGGCAGUUCUGCAGAGGGAAACGUCCACUUAAUAAAAAAAUUAAAUGCUGUUAUAUCUGUCUAUCAUAUUUGGGGAUGGUUGUGGUGUAACUUCAACUGAUACACAGAAUAAUCUCAACCGUCAUUGGAAUAUGAAGUCUGUUACUAAGAAGCAAUGGCUAAAAUGUGCUUCAGAAACAUUGCAUUUCAUUUGACAAAAUGAACAUGAAAGGUGAUUAUUUUUAUUUAUUAUUACUGUAAACACAUUUUAUUUGUUAUUCCAGAAUAUGCUAUGAAAUUGUAUGCUGUUAUACAUUUUUACGAACAAUACAAUCCUUAACUGUGUGAUGCUAUAUGGUACUAUGUCUGUGCACAUUGGAUUCUAAUUUCAAAAUGUUUUGAUAUAUCGAUGUGAGAUAUGUAU